AUGGCCGCUCUCCUCAAGAUCCACUGUACAAGGCUCAAUCUCGAGUGCGGCGGUUAUGCGACACCGAUCAAGUUCAGAGAUCAGACAGAUCUGCUGAAGCGGAAACAUGGCAGAAAACGCAAAGAAAAGGCACAAACGCCAGCUCCGACUGAGCCAUCGCCUUCGUCGAAUGCCCAAGACAGUGUAGAACCGACAUUGCAGUCGCAUCAAGUUAGCCAGCAUGUUGUGACACCGGGAGAUGAAACUUUCCAUUCGGCUGACGAAAGCCAUCAAACCUUUGACGAAUCACAAGAAUUAUCCCACUAUGAGGCGGCCGCGUCACUCGCCCUGAUAUCUGGAGGCAUUCACCAGGACUCACUGGUUCCUGCUGGUGGGCAUCAAACAGAAUCGCCCUCGUUCUACACGCCAUUUGAUGACACGACUCUGCAAGCUGAUUCCACUCUCGGUGGACUAGAAGAAUCCAAUACGGAUGAUGGGCUUAACACCUCUUAUCAGGGCGUAGCCACGCCGAGUUCCACGCCAGUCUACCCACGUAUUGACUCGCCUUUCCUGCGACAAAGACAGUCAGAUCAGGCGAAUCGGCAAUUGACUUCAGUGCCAACGAUUCCAGUCGGCUUGUUGGAGAGCGCAAAGUUUGCCGAGGACAUGGUGUUUUAUCACCAUUUCACGGAUACCUCUCCGUACGGCACCCUCUCAAUCUUGUCACUGAAUGAUAUCCUACAGGCUGAGCACCUUGACAAGGCCUUCUUCCACGCUGCAUUGGCCUUGGCGGCGCUGGAUAUCUCUCAGGCAAGGCCGACGGAGGCGCUCGGUAGUAAGGCGGCACUGCAAGCCCUCGAUCACUUUGUCACUGCCCUCGGUACGGUGCGCAUGGCACAGCUCGACGAUGAAGGGGUCGCUACGGGCUGUCCGCCGAACCAAGACAACGCCAUCUCAUGGCUGGCGACUCUUCUACUGCUGGCCAACUUUGAACUACAGAGAGGCCAGAUGAAAUUGUGGUACAUCCAUAGCCGGGCUGCGGUCACCUUCCUGUCCCAACACCUCAACCGCGUGCAGGAGUCGCCGGUGGGAGAGUCGCUCAUUCGAUCGUUCUCGAGGAUCGCCGCGCUUCUGGACAUCUUUGACAGGGCAUACUCUGUACGAUACAGCAUAGCGUCUCCAGACGUUUCAGACUCUUUAAGCAGAUCUCUAGUAAACUCGCCUCAUUCGGCAGACCGGCUGCUCUUCAUCCUACCGCGGGUCAUCAAGCUGGAAGAAGAGUGGAGGAGCAACCCCCAACACGACCUUCACUGGCGAGAGCAAGCAGAAAGCCUUAUCGAGGAGUUAAAAGCCUGGCGAAAGACCGUGCCUGACUGUGACGUGCCACCCUUACACGAGCACACCGCAAACCCUUACAAUGAAGAUGCAGAAGGACCUGGCAUCUCCAUCAGGCCCCUCAGCAUCCCGGACGCCCCAGAGCCCGUCAAGGCUGCAACAACCUUCAUGCACUACCUCGUGUCUCUCCUCCGCUUGGAAACGAGAUACCUGCCCGGCGCAGUGCGCCAACUACCCCCCAAAGCAAAGAAAAUCGUCCUCCUCGUCUGCCGCCUGGCAGCAGGCGUGCCCUACGCCUCCUGCGCGGCGGUCAACGCAUACUCCCACGGCAUGGUCGCGGCGAUGAUGAACUGCUAUCACAUGUCGGAGGAGCAGGAGGUCAAGGACUGGGUCAAGAAUUGGAUCGCUGGAUUCCCGCGGGAGAGGGAGGGCAUCUGGAACGUGCGACACGCGCACCGCGUGCUGAAUUACGUUGACCAAGAAUACACGCGUCGCGGCUCGCGCUACAACUGGGAGAUCAUCAAAGUUCGACUGAUAGACCUGGAGACAGAUGCCACGCCAAGCGAGGACGAGGAGACGGACCCUGACAAGUUUUCGGUCGAGAUUUAUUCGCGGUGUAAACGGGGUUGGAGUAUUGACUUUGUAGAAAUACCGUAA